CAUGCUAUUAAAAAUAAUAAUAGGCGUUUUUCCUCAAUCAAAUUAAAUGCAUUGUUUGCAUGCGCGUGCAGCGCGACUACACCUAUAAUUACGCUUGUGGUCGACCCUCUAAAAGACGCGUUGGCAAUCUUUUGGUUUCGUUUAUUUCACAACAAAAACCAAAUUUUCCAAAAAAAAAAAAAAAAAAAAACAGAUUCAAAUCUCAGAAAUGGCGCCAUUCGUGUAGUUAUCCACUCUAAACGAAAGAAGUUGGUACCGGUAGGAGAAAAACGAGAGCUAUCAUCUUCACCUUGAAAACCUUUAACAGCAGUAAAUCAAUGGCGGACGGACUCAUUUCCAGAAUCUUCUCAGACCUCGAAGCUCACAAUAAUCUUAACCCACAAUCACCCAUUUCCCAAUUAACCCUUUUAGACCUUCAAUCUCUCUUAAACCCUAAAAAUCAAACCCAAACCCUAAAUUUCAACGACGACGAUGACAUUGAUGAUUCACCUCAAAUUCACCCUCUUUGGGACGAAUUAUCCAGCCAUGGCCUCUCUCUCUCCUCCCUUAUCACCCCGAUUUCCUCUGCCAUGGAUGCUGGUACCCCUUCUCUCUCUCUCCUCGCUUCCACUGUUUACUUAUCCCUCUUUCUCUCUCCUAAUGCUCCUGUUUUCUCUCUCUUCACUCCCAUGUCAUUUCUCUCUCUCCUCCACUCCAUUCGCCUUUCGCUCAAGUGCGGAAAGGCAGGUUCUUCGCCUUCAUUGCCCGGUAAUCGGCGAAAAGGGGGUCGAGGUAAGCGGGGCAGGGUAAAUAAUUCUAAUGAGGGUGAUGAUGAUAAUGAUGAUGGUGGUGGUAGUGGUGGAGGAGAGAGAUUGAGGGAUGAAUUUGAUAUAAAAAUGCUGUUGAGUGUACUUGAUAAGUUGGGUAUUGUGCUGCAUUUGGUGCAUUUGGGUAGGUUUCCUGAUAGUUUGAAGUCUUUGGUUCAAACUGUGGUUGAAGUUCCAGUUUUGGGGAUUGAUUUAUGUGGGAAUAAUUCUGGGAAUUGUAAGAAGUUGUGUGAUUUUUGCGCCGGUAUUUUGAGGGAAGUUUUGAGGCCCGAGCAUGGUGAACAAGAAAAGACAGCUGCUGAGGUAUUGAAAUUUCUUUCACCCUUGAUUUUGUCGACGAAAUCUCAUGCUAGGAAUUUUGCUCUUUUGUUUGUGAAAAACGAAAUGAUGAAAAUGGCGAAAGAUUCUAGUUCCCUGAAAAAAUCAAUAGUGAAUUUGCCAAGGUAUUUAGUUCAAAAGGCGCCGGAGAAAUCUGAUGCUAGGACCUUAGCUGUGGAUUCGGUAAUGGAUAUUGUCAAAUCUAUGGAGUUAUGUGAUCAAAUUGGAUUUGUCGAUUACGUUGUGAAGAUGGCUCAAGGGAAAUCCCACCUUAGAUAUCUUGCUGUUGAUCUCAUCUCAAAGCUCAUAAUGUCAUUACAAUUUCAUUCGGAUCCAGAAUCAGACGGUGAAGAAGAAUCAUGGAAAUCGAGGUGCUUGGUGGCAUUGAUUCAGCGUUGCUCUGAUUCAGUUGUAGGAAUUCGAGCUCGAGCUCUAUCAAGCUUGGCACAACUUGUGGGUAGUGCAUCAGGGGACGAGAGAGACCGAAUGGUGUUGAAGAAGGCAUUAGGUUUCGGUGAUGGGCAAGAGGGGGGAGCUAAUGACCUCCUGAAGAAGAGGUGCAUAGAUGAAAAAGCAGCUGUUAGAAAGGCUGCGCUUAUGCUGAUAACUAAAUUGACUGCUCUUGGAGGAAGCUCCUUGGAUCCUGACAUUCUUAAGUUGAUGGGAAUGACAUGUUCUGAUCCACUUGUCAGCAUAAGGAAAGCUGCAAUAUCAGCUCUUUCAGAGGCUUUCAGAACCUUUUCAGAUAGAAGUGUUAUUGUUGAAUGGCUUCAUUCUGUUCCACGGUUGAUAACUGAUAGUGAAACUAGUAUACAAGAGGAAUGCGAGAGUUUGUUUAUGGAAUUGGUCUUAGAUAGAGUUUCUAGAGCUGGGUCUGCACUAUCCAGUGACGUAUCAGCGGUCCACAAUUCAAAGUCAAGUACAAGAAAUUUUGAGAAAGAGCUUGCAGCAAUGUACCCUGAAGGAGUCAUGGACCUGUUGAGUGAGAUUAGCAAUGGGGAAGUUACACCAUGGGUAAAAAAGAUCUGCAUUAGCCUUGGUAAGAAGCGAAGACUGAAGCCCAAAAUUGCUACUGCCCUUCAGAACAUCAUAAAAACAUCAGAAUCUCUUUGGUUAUUACAUUCCAUGCCAAUAGAGAACUGGACAGCCCCUCCUGGUGCUUGGCUUCUUCUAUCAGCAGUCUCAUCAUUUCUUCCUAAAGCAGUGGAUUGGGAAUUUCUUUAUCAUCACUGGAAGCUACUGGACAAGGAUAGAGUUACAGAUGAUCCAAAGUCUUGUACGGUGGAGGACAUUAUGCAUGAUACAGUUGAUGGCAUGGAAUCAAAUUCUGUAGGUUGGGCUGGUGAUCGUGUUUUAUUGUUGCAAACAAUUUCUAAUGUUUCUGUAGAGUUGUCCACUGAACCUGCUGCACAAUUGGCUCAUGAUCUGCUAAAACGGGUAGAAAGAUUCAACAUGCAUUCAACUGAGGUUAAUGCUCAUGUCAAAGCACUUAAAACAUUGUGCAAACGUAAGGCUAUGAGCCCUGAGGAGGCGGAUGCACUAGUUACCAAAUCUGCUGAUCAAGUCUUUGGUAAAGCUUCCCAUGCUAUAGAUAUGUAUCUAUCAGAAGAGCAACAAACAAAUAAAGAGAAUGACCUUUUCACACCACCUAGGACUUGUGCUAAAAAGGGUAAAAGAGAGGCUACCUCAUCGAGUUUGCUAGUACAAGCUACAACAGCUGUUUACACCAUAGGUUCCUUGGUCAUCAUCUGUCCGUCCUUGGAUGUGAAGGCCUUUGUUCCUGUUUUGCACAGUAUGAUUACUUCAGGAACUCAUGAACCAAGGUCAAAUAAGCUACCAGGCUCCACAAUUUCUAUAAAGGAAAAAGCUCCAUGUUUGUAUAUUCAGGCAUGGCUUACGAUGGGGAAAAUCUGCCUUGCCGAUGGGAAGCUUGCGAAAAGAUAUAUCCCAUUGUUCAUACAGGAGCUUGAGAAGAGUGAUUCUGCUGCACUUAGGAACAAUAUUCUUGUGAUUAUGGCAGAUUUUUGUGUUCGUUACACUGCCUUGGUUGACUGCUACAUAGCAAAGAUUACGAAGUGUCUCCGCGACUCUUGUGAACUUGUCAGAAGGCAAACUUUCAUACUACUCUCCAGAUUAUUGCAGACUGACUAUGUUAAGUGGAGAGGGGUACUUUUCCUGCGAUUUCUGUUGUCUCUUGUUGAUGAAUCAGAAAAGAUCAGACAGCUUGCUGAUUUUUUGUUUGGAAAUAUAUUGAAAGCCAAGGCUCCUCUUCUAGCUUACAACAGUUUUGUGGAAGCUGUAUUUGUUCUAAAUGACUGUCAUGCUCAUGUGGCAAAUAACAAAUCUCAAAGCUCUAGAACUGAGAGCAGACUUUUCUCAAUUAGAGGUAACGAUGAGAUGUCAAGGUCCAGAAGGAUGCACAUAUAUGUUUCUUUGCUGAAGCAAAUGGCUCCUGAGCACCUAUUGGCCACGUUUGCUAAAAUAUGUGCUGAAAUCCUUGCUGCUGUAUCUGAUGGUGUCCUCAGUGUAGACAAUGUUAAUGGCCAGUCUGUAUUACAGGAUGCAUUCCGUAUUCUCACCUGCAAAGAGAUACGGUUACCAUCGAACCGUGUAUCAACAGCAGAUUCGGCUGAAAUGGACGAAGAAGGGACAGAUGGCGGUGCAGCGUCCACAGCUGCUGCCCGAGGAAGAGCUAUAACUCAAGCUGUCAAGAAGGGUCUUAUCCAGAACACCAUUCCCAUAUUUAUAGAGUUAAAGCGGUUAUUAGAGAACAAGAACAGCCCUCUAAUUGGCUCCCUCAUGGACUGCCUUCGCAUGCUUCUCAAAGAUUAUAAGAAUGAAAUUGAAGAAAUAUUGGUUGCAGAUAAGCAACUACAGAAAGAGCUUAUCUAUGACAUGCAAAAAUAUGAUUCUGUCAAGGCUAAAUCAACAGCUGCAGAGGCCAUUGCAACUAUGCAACGAUCACACUAUGCUAAUACACCUGGUGCGCCAGAUGCCACUAAUGAGAAGACCAAGCUGUCAAAGAAACUGCACAGUAAUGUAAAGGUGGCUUCAGCUAUGGCAGAUGUAGCAGCUGCAACUGUUGCUAAGUCUGUACUAAAGGAAGUAAAUGAAGGAACUUCAACACCACCAUUAAGUUUGCUUAAACUACCUAGAUUGAGAACUUCAGAAAAAGCAGGCCUUACUAAGGGACAUAAAUCUGCAGCUAUCUUAGAAUCUCUAAGGAAGCGGCAAACUUUUGAUUUUGAUGAAGAAAAUUAAGGUCUACUUGUGUUGUUUUUUGUACAUAUGUGGGCUUUUAGGCAACAUUCUGUUGUAAAGUAUAAUGCUAAAAUGCGAUUUAUAUGUUCUGUCA